AUGAAGCACCAGCUACUUCUCGCAGCUGCGGCCACGGCCUGCGCUGCUUUCGAAUGGGAGAACGUUCACAUCGGUGGCGGAGGCGGUUUCGUCCCCGGCAUUCUCUUCCAUCCUAAUGCGGAGGGGGUUGCCUAUGCCAGGACCGACAUUGGUGGCCUCUAUCGCUGGAACUCGGACGACUCGUGGACCCCUCUGACCGACAACCUCGCCUUUCAUCACAACUGGAAUAGAUGGGGCAUUGACGCCGUCGCCGUGGAUCCCUCCGAUCCGGAUGUCGUCCUCGCUGCUUUUGGCAUGUAUACCAAUAGCUGGGACCCCAACAACGGCGCCAUCGGAAGGAGCGAAGACCGUGGCGAGACAUGGACUUUCAGCGAACUCCCUUUCAAGGUCGGAGGCAACAUGCCCGGCCGCGGCAUGGGUGAGCGCCUCGCCGUGGACCCCAUCAACUCCAACAUCGUCUACUUCGGCGCCCGCAGCGGCAACGGCCUGUGGAAGAGCGCCGACGGCGGCGCCACCUUCGAGCACGUGACCGCCUUCCCCAACCCGGGCACCUUCAUCCCCGACCCCCAGGACCAGAGCGGCUACAACUCGGACAUCCACGGCCUCGCCUUCGUCACCUUCGACACCACCUCCGCCCCGCUCGACGGCGCCACCUCCCGCAUCUUCGUCGGUACCGCCGACAGUACCGCCGAAUCCGUCUACGUCUCGGAAGACGCCGGCGCCACCUGGUCCCCCGUCGCAAGCCAGCCCAUCGGCUUCCUCCCCCACAAGGCCAAGCUCUCGCCCGAGGAGCGUGUCCUGUACCUCACCUACAGCGACGGAACCGGCCCUUACGACGGCAGCGACGGCGCCGUGUAUCGCUACGACAUGGCCACCGGCUCCUGGACCGACAUCACCCCCGUCAGCGGCGGGGACCACUUCUUCGGAUUCGGCGGCCUGGCCCUCGACGCCCAGAACCCGGGCACCCUCGUCGUCGCCGCCCUCAACUCGUGGUGGCCCGACGCCCAGCUCUGGCGCUCCACCGACUCGGGCGCCUCCUGGACCCCGAUCUGGCAGUGGGGCAACUACCCGGAGAUGGACCUCCGCUACAACAUCUCCGCCCCCAAGGCGCCCUGGAUCCAGACCAGUUUUCUGGAUGGCGUCACCGAGAAGCUCGGCUGGAUGAUCGAGUCCCUCGAGAUCAACCCCUUUGAUAGUGAUCACUGGCUGUACGGCACGGGUCUCACCAUUUACGGGGGGCACGACCUCACCAACUGGGAUGAUGCCGACGAGACCAUUAACAUCCAGUCCCUGGCCGACGGGAUCGAGGAGUUCGCCAUUCUGUCCCUCGCCUCCGCCCCGGGCGGCAGCGAGCUCCUGAUCGCCACCUACGACAACAGCGGCUUCACCUUCGCCUCCGCCGACGACCUCGACGCCCCGCCGCAGUCCACCUGGACCAACCCGCGCUUCGACGGCUCCGUUAGCGUCGACUACGCCGGGAACGACGUGAACCGGGUCGUCCAGGUCGGCAACGUCCGCGGCCAGGAACAGCUCGCCGUGUCGUCGGACGGGGGGUUCACCUGGGGCAUGAGUCCCGCGGCCGACACCGACGCGGCCGGCGGCACGGUGGCCUACUCGGCCGACGGCGACGUCAUCCUCUGGUCGACCGAGGCGGUGGGCGUGCGGCGGUCGCAGAACGGGGGCGCGCUUUCGUCCGUCUCUUCGCUCCCCGCCCGAGCUGCCAUCGCUAGCGACAAGCGCGACAACGAUGUCUUCUACGCCGGUGCGGGGGGCACGUUCUACGUUUCGACCGACGGGGGGGCGACGUUCGUGCCAGGUGGCGCGCUGGAGGGCGUGUCGCAGGUGCGCUACAUCGCGGCGCACCCGGCCGAGGCCGGCGACGUCUGGGUGUCGACCAACGCGGGCGUGUUCCACAGCGUGGACUUUGGCGAGACGUUCGAGCUGGCCGGGGACAUUACGAACGCGUUCCGCAUUGCGCUUGGUCGCGGCAAGGGCGAGGCGUGGAACGUCUACGCCUUUGGUAUCGGUCCCGCGGGCCCGAAGCUGUAUGGCAGUGCUAAUGGCGGCGCUACCUGGCAUGACGUCCAGGGGGAGAUUGGGUUCGGCGCCAUUGAUGCUAAUGCGCUUGCUGGCAGCGGGAAUCACCCCGGUCUGGUGUAUGUUGGUACCAACGGCAGGGGUGUUUUCUGGGCGGAGGGGGUUGUUGGACCUAAGUGUUAA